CUCGCAGGGCACGAGGAAGAGACCAGCGAGGCAGGUAAAAUGUGGCCAGACAGGUCUGAUGGGAAUGCAGAGAGACAGAGAGAGCCAGAGAGAGAGGCUUGGUGGUUGCUGAGUGACUGACAAGCCUAUCAGCAAGGUGUAUUAAGAAGCAGUAAGGUGUAAUUUAAACAAUGACAUAGUUGUAUUUGAGUGUGGAACAGGUUUGCACCUGGUCAUUCUCUGACAGAGAGAGGAACCUCGGACCCUGUAGAGUCCCACCACCUCCACCACUUGACAGAGUGGAAUUUCCCUCCUCUUCCCUGGCUGGGGCCGGGGGCAGAUGGUCGCUCUGAGAGUUUGAGCAGAACUCAGGAAGGAGAGUGAGAGGAAGGGUGGGAGGAGGACAGACAGAGAGGGAGAGGAAGAGAGCCGAGGAGUGGACAGAAGAGGAGACAUGCUUCGCUACGGUUCAGGACGAACUGUUUCCACCACCACAACAGAGGACUCUCCAGAGUCUUCAAGUGAGAGGAGUAUCACACGCCUCAGGUUAACUCUCCAUGCAGGAGAUAAUGGAAACAAGGAGCCCAAAACUGCAAACACAGAUGAAAAAGAUGCGAAAAAGAUGUGGAAGAAGAAAAAUGGGCUGAUUCAAAGAGAGAGGCCAGCUGGCAGGGAGUCACCUCAGAAGCACCUCGGAGACAUGACCAAUGGGGUGCCAGAGACCUCGCUGCAUCAUCAUGGGCCCAAAGUGUACGGAGUAGUGCGGAGGACGGGCUCAGACAGACAGCAGGAAGUGAUGGCGCGAGAGUGGACGGUCAAUCACCUUCACGAUGAGAUGAAGUACAUCAGGGAGGUGAGAGAUUCUCUGGAGAAGGUGAGAGAGCGUAUGUAUGGGCAAUUUGGAGGAAUGCAGCAAUCAAUGCAGAAGCUUUCACAGGAAAUCAGGGCUGCCAAUUCACAUCGGAGGAGCCUGGGGUCAGAGGUGAAGAUCCGGACAGCAGCCAUGGAGAGCUUUGAUCAGAUGAACAGCUCCCUUAUAUCUGCUAACAUUGGCCUACAGAAAUCCGUUCUGGAGAACUGUCAGAACAGAGUGGACACAAGGGAGGAGGUGAAAAGUUUGCGCAGCACCUGUGAGAAAACACAAGAGAAACUCAGAGAUAAGGAGAGGGAGCUGGCUGCUGCCCAGGCUGAAAACCAGACUUUGAGACUCCAGGUGGAGUCUUCACAGGAGGUCCACAGUCAGGCGCUGCAGGAACUCUCAGCAACGCUUCAGAGGGAGUAUGAAGAAAAGCUGCUGGAGGAGCAACUGAAACACAGGGAGGAGAUUGAAAACCUACAGGCUCAACUUGAUGAGUAUAUCAGGCGGCUGGAGGCAGCAGAGAGGAAUAUCAGGACUGCAGAGGCCAAGAUAUCCGAGAGGGAUCAGAGGAUCAAUGAACUUGAGCGUCUACUAGACUGUAUGGGAAAAGAAAAGACUCAACUUCAAAGGAAACUGCAAGAAUGUGAACAGCGUCUCCGCUUGAUGGAGUUGGAAGACACAACUGAUUCAACUGUAGCCCAAAGGUCCAAAGUGCUGCAAAGUGAAGCUGUGGAUCUCCGCGAGAGAAUCAAACAUUUGAACGACAUGGUGUUCUGCCAGCAGAGGAAAGUCAAAGGAAUGAUCGAGGAGGUUGAAACACUUCGAGCUCAAGUUGCUCAGAAAGAUAUGUUCAUCUCAGAGCUUCUGGACAGAAUUGCAAUAGUGGAGUGUGAGAAUAAUGAAUUAGAAGACAAGCUGAAGUAUUUUAUGUCUACACAGACUAAUAGGCCACGAGAGGUUUUGGAAACCAGGGAGAUAGGAGUGGGCUGCGAUUUGCUCCCCAGAGGUAAAGCAAAAAGGCAUGAUGUUGAAACUCCUGUUCAGUGUAAAUCAUCUCAUCUCCGUCCCAUACAACACCCACCACCUGUUCAACAUCCGUCCCCCGUACAACCUUCGUGCCCUGUACAACCUUCAUCACCCAUACAACCUUCAUCACCCAUACAACCUCCAUGCCCAUUACAACCUUCAUUCUCUACACAACCUCCCUCUCACACACAACGUUCUGCCCCCACAUCUCCCAUUCAACAUCCAUCUUUCUAUCAAACAACGCUGACACCGUCAAGGACUUUCAUAUCUAACAACCCUCCGCCCAGCAGGCUGGAAUCCAGUUUACUUCGAUACACUCCUGUUGAGUACAGCCGCUUCCUGCAGUCCCACCCCUCAGUACCCAGUGGAUCCUUCUCCUACACCCGUCCAUCUGAAUCUGAACCUCCUGUGAGCAGCAGAGACAAGGCUAACGCUGAAACAAACUUGGACAUAAGCUCAAGUCCAGAAGAAUCCACUUCGCCCCCGUCCAAUUCUCGAGCAAGGUCAAGACCACCUCAAGUUUAUACACCGUUCAUGAAACAUGGAAAUAACAGCAAAGAUAAACAUAGACUAACAGUGAUGUCUUCGUCGUGGACAGAGCGCCAGGGACAGGUGGGAGACCUGAGACACCAGAGCCGAGAAGAGCUCCAAGAACUGCUGCUCCGACAGGACAAGAUCCUCUCCAACAAAAGAUUAUUACAGACUCUUCCUGACAAAGGGAAAAAGAUACGAGAAUUUGCAGAGAGGCUGCGCCUAACCAUUGAACAUUACGAUGAAGAAGAGAAGAAACAACAUUUGGUGUCUGCUGCCAGGACAGAGCUACAGUCCAAGUACCAGCAGGCUUUCACUAUGCAACAACGUGCUGUCCAGAAUGCUCCAGCAGCCGGGCAGAGUGAGGCUACUGCAGGCAGCACGGUACAGGAGAAGGAGACAUCACCUGUCUCAACUCAAGUGCAGGAAAACCACACUUUGGACCAGCAACAAGAGCAGUUUGUCUCCAGAGCAGCUGCUGUUGAAACCAUGGAGACGGUUGCUGCUGGGGCCUCUCUGAACUCGGAUGGGACAAUACAGGGUGACCUUGUGGAGGCCUUAGAAAGGGUCAGACUGUCUGAAACUGCUAGGACUGGUUUCAGAAGUGAGACCACAGACCCGUUAAAGAGUACAGCAAGAGACAGUGACUCUCUCAAAAAGCAGGUGUCAAAAAAAUCUCACUAUGUCACUGUCCUGGAAAAAACAGAGAAGAUUUCAGCCUCCGGGAAGCAAAAAUUCAAACCAAAUGUGCUGCCCCACAGAAGUGACAACUCUCCUUCAGGAUCCUCGUCACCCAGCCAGUCUUCUUUGGGCUCAUCAACGCUCUCCGCACAGGCCAGGAUGGAGCGGGACAAAAAACACCUGGAUGACAUCACUGCCGCAAAACUCCCUCCUCUCCACCAUAGCCCAGCUCAGCUUCUGUCUCUGCAAGAGUCGGCCAUCCUCCUAAAAGAGCAGGCAAAGAAACAGCAGGAGUUGCAGGCCAAGCUGGCAGCCCAGAAACUGUCUGAGGGAUUGAAGAUCUCUAUGGGGAGCUACACUCCUGACGGUGGCCCCAUGGCUGCCUACAGAGAGGUUCACGAUGAAGGAGCCCAGCUCUCCUCAGAGGAAGACUGAUCCUGGAAGGCCAGAGCUGGGGAAACCAGUGUGACCUCGGCCUCUUGGGGAAGCAGGCUUUGGACCUCACGAUCAGAGCCCAUCAAACAGGAUUUUCACUCCAAGGACAGGAAUUCUUAAGAGAGGGAAAGGGUCUUUGCCUGGUGUGAAGGCGUAGUUGGUAUCCCAGACUCAGCUCAGGGAAUUGAAUGGCAGGUUGAAAAACUAGCUUUCUUAAUUGUCAGUCAGUUUGUUUCGGGUUCAGUUGUUUCUUGCAUGGUUGCUACCUGCAGUUGAGUUAACACUCUUGGAUGCUAAAUUUUAAAUAAGCAUCAUGAGGGAAAUGCUCCCUAUCCUAUACUGAAACUGAUGAUAUUACAGCUUUCUUGGCCUGAGAGUAUUGUAUGUUGAAAUUCUUAUUUCAGUGUGUUAAUAGUUAAAUGCACUUAAAGCUCAUCAGCCGGUGGGUUAGACUGUUUUGGCACAAUGGCGACUGUUCACAGCUUUGUCUAAAGAAUAGACAUGAGCCAGCAGACAUCUAAAUAUUACAUGAUGUGUAACAGAACUGAAUAAAUGCAUCUGAUUUCUCAAA